CCUCGCUCGCUCCGGUAACGGUCGGUGCGGGUUCAAAUGAGCCGCGGCCGGGCCGGGCCCCGCCGUGACUCGCUCUGAGCCGGGCCGGGACCGGGGCCACCCCGCUCGGGCUCAGCGACCAGGAGGCGGAGGCCGGGGAGAGCAGGAUGACGGUGCUGCAGGAACCCGUCCAGGCUGCUAUCUGGCAAGCACUGAACCACUACGCCUAUCGUGAUGCCGUGUUCCUGGCAGAAAGGUUAUAUGCAGAAGUUCACUCAGAAGAAGCACUGUUUUUACUGGCAACGUGUUACUACCGCUCAGGAAAGGCCUACAAAGCUUACAGGCUCCUAAAGGGACACAGCUGUACCACCCCACAGUGUAAAUACCUGCUUGCAAAAUGUUGUGUGGACCUCAGCAAGCUUGCAGAAGGAGAGCAGAUCUUGUCUGGUGGAGUGUUGAAUAAACAGAAAAGCCAUGAUGACAUUGUUAUGGAGUUUGGUGAUUCUGCAUGCUUUACACUCUCCUUACUGGGACAUGUCUACUGCAAGACAGACCGGCUUGCCAAAGGAUCAGAAUGUUACCAAAAGAGCCUUAGUUUAAAUCCUUUCCUCUGGUCCCCUUUUGAAUCACUAUGUGAAAUAGGUGAAAAGCCAGACCCUGACCAAACAUUUAAAUUAACAUCCUUACAGAAUUUCAGCAGCUGUCUGCCCAACACUUGCACAACAGUGGUGUCUAAUCACAACAUAUCCCACAGGCAGCCCGAGAGUGUCCUCAUGGAGACACCCCAGGACACAAUUGAGUUGAACAGGAUCAACCUAGAGUCCUCCAAUUCAAAGUAUUCCUCCUUGAAUUCAGAUUCCUCCAUGUCUUACAUUGACUCAGCUGUGAUUUCCUCAGAUUCUGUCCCUCUGGGGUCAGGAACUGCCAUAUUGUCCAAACAGGCUCAAAAUAAACCAAAAACUGGACGGAGUUUACUGGGGGGACCUGCAGCUUUGAGCCCACUAACUCCAAGCUUUGGAAUUUUGCCACUAGAAACCCCAAGCCCUGGAGAUGGAUCCUAUUUACAGAACUACACCAACUCCUCCUCCGUCAUCGACGUGCCAUCCACGGGAGCACCUUCAAAGAAGAAACUCUGUGUUGUGCAGGCUGUCAGCAGGAUCAGCCAGGCUGGAACAAAAUCUGUCUUCUCCCAGAGUGGGAAUAGCCGGGAGGUCACUCCAGUUCUUGUUGCACAAACACAGAGCUCUGGUCCCCAGACAAGUACAACACCUCAGGUAUUGAGCCCAACCAUUGCUGCUCCACCCAACGCGCUGCCUCGGCGAAGCUCUCGCCUGUUUACCAGUGAUAGCUCCACAACCAAGGAAAAUAGCAAAAAAUUAAAAAUGAAGUUUCCACCUAAGAUUCCAAACAGAAAAACAAAAAGUAAAACAAAUAAGGGAGGAAUAACUCAACCAAACUUAAAUGACAGUUUGGAAAUUACCAAACUGGACUCUUCCAUCAUUUCAGAAGGGAAAAUUUCCACUGUUGCACCACAAAUCCAAGCUUUCACGCUACAGAAGGCAGCAGCAGAAGGUUUGAUGAGCCUUCUCCGGGACAUGGGGAAAGGUUAUUUAGCCUUGUGCUCAUACAACUGCAAAGAAGCCAUCAAUAUUUUGAGCCAUUUGCCAUCCCACCACUACAACACAGGCUGGGUGCUGUGCCAAAUUGGGAGAGCUUACUUUGAGCUGGCAGAAUACAUGCAGGCUGAGAGAAUAUUUUCAGAAGUGAGGAGGAUUGAAAACUACAGAGUAGAAGGCAUGGAAAUCUAUUCAACCACACUCUGGCAUCUGCAGAAAGAUGUUGCCCUUUCAGUUCUUUCUAAGGAUUUGACAGACAUGGAUAAAAACUCACCAGAGGCCUGGUGUGCAGCAGGAAACUGCUUCAGCUUGCAAAGGGAGCAUGACAUUGCCAUCAAGUUCUUCCAGAGGGCCAUCCAGGUGGAUCCAAACUAUGCCUAUGCCUACACCCUGCUGGGCCACGAGUUUGUGUUGACAGAGGAGCUGGACAAGGCACUGGCCUGUUUCAGAAACGCCAUCAGGGUCAAUCCCCGGCACUACAACGCCUGGUACGGGUUGGGAAUGAUUUAUUACAAACAGGAGAAAUUCAGUCUGGCAGAAAUGCAUUUCCAGAAAGCACUUGAUAUCAACCCUCAGAGCUCAGUCCUGCUCUGUCACAUUGGAGUAGUCCAACAUGCACUGAAAAAAUCUGAGAAGGCUUUGGACACUUUGAACAAAGCAAUCAACAUCGACCCCAAGAACCCACUAUGCAAAUUCCACAGAGCCUCGGUGUUGUUUGCAAAUGAGAAGUACAAGUCAGCUUUACAAGAACUUGAAGAACUGAAACAGAUUGUUCCCAAAGAGUCUCUUGUUUACUUUUUAAUAGGAAAGGUUUAUAAGAAGCUGGGUCAGACACACCUGGCCCUAAUGAAUUUCUCCUGGGCAAUGGACCUGGAUCCCAAAGGAGCCAACAACCAGAUCAAGGAGGCCAUAGACAAACGUUACCUGCCCGACGACGAGGAGCCCAUCACACGUGAGGAGCAGAUCAGCGAGUGCUACCCCUACGAGUCAGUGGGCACAGACGAGUCCCAGGAGAGCAGCAUGACGGACGCGGAUGACACGCAGCUCCACGCCGUGGAAAGUGAUGAAUUUUAACCUCCAAGAGCCAGUGUCUGAGCUUGAGUGUGUGUGACUGGUACUGUCGUGUUCUCCCCUUCCCUGGCAUCCUGGGUUCUACAUCUCUGAGCCAGCACUGUCGUUGUUCUCCACUGACACCACGAGUGCACCUCAGACCUGAACUUAGCAGAGUUCAUGGCAGUGCAAUAUCCAGCUGCUGCUGAGUCUGACUAGUUGGCUCUUACACAUUUAUGGCAGUGACUGAGGAGAAAAUGCUGGUUUUGAACUCCCCCUUGCUGGAAAAAAAUAUCAUGGAAGACAGACUUUGCUUUGCUGUAUGGAAGCCAGUAGCUGUGGGGAUAGUACUAAUGACGAGGUGUCUUGUUCUUUUUCCAGAAAUGUGUCUUAGUUUGGGUCUUUCUUGGUAAGCAGAGUGCUGAACCUCAUUUCCAAGUUCUCCAAGGACAGUGUUGACAAACAGGCUGUUCAAGACUUUUGCAUAUUGUAGUGUAAUUUAAAUGCCAGGGAGUGUCAAUGACCUUAAAGCUGCAGUGUCUCCAGUGAGCAGCCAGGACUGGGCGUGUGUCAGGCCACGUGGAACAGCCCUGUCCCUGCCCAGGGUGCAACUGCAGGAGAAUCACAUUGCAGGAUCAGAGCUUUCAUCAAAUGCUUUCGUGUUCUAACCAUGAGUUAAUUUAUUCACCCGGUUUUGGAAAGGUCAGUGUUUACUUUGUAUUUCUGUCAGCACCACCUUGCUUCAUUUUUCAUGCACCCCCUUGACUUGUUCUUCCCCUUUGAAGAAUAAAAAUUAAUAAAGGGAAAAAUCAAGAGAGAAAUGUAGAUACAAGUGUAAUGUGAAACACCAAACCCUUAAUCCUGUGAGAGUGGGAAGACUGGAAGCCUUAAUACAAUCAGAACCUUGGUCAAAUGCAUCAAAUAAUUGUCUCAGAUCAGUAUCUCCUUAGGUCUGCUAUCACUUUGAAAACUAUUUUGUAAAGUGUGGUCCAAGCAGGAUGCAAAAAUGUGCAAUUAUUUGUCUUUUUCCUUAUUUUUUUAAGCUGUUCUUUCAGUUUCCCAUUCUAGGAACACUUUCCUUUCCUCGAGGGUCUGUUUCUGAGAGGAGAAAGCUGUGCCACGUUAGUGAGUCCAAACUGCUCUCUGUAGCAUUCUGCAGCAGCAAUUGGUGCCCUUUGUGCAGUGAUGAUAAAGAAAGUGUAUGAUAAAAGCAGUUUUAAAGAGCAAUUUAUGCCUAAUAAAUUGGGAAUGAUACAAA